AUGCGGUGGGCAUCGUUUGUUUUGACGAUAGUGACGUUGUUGGUGGGCGCAGUUUUCAGCCACCAACCACAACAGUUUCCAGGCCAAAACGCUCAUCAGCCACCUGAGGUACAUCAUCAACAGCCCCCGCCAGCACAUCCGAAUCAGCCUCCAGUUCAACAAACUCAACAGUUUGGUGGACAGCAGGCUCAAAAUGCCGAGUACGCAUUCAUAAUUCGUUGUUUUUGGUUGUUUUAA